UCGGCGCACAUUUCACUCAGCUACUGAGAUUGUAUCAGACGGAGAGAAUUACAAACUGUUAUUUAGCAAACCUUUUCACUUGCGUUUCAACGUUGCUUGCACUGCAUUAGUGCACGUUAGUUUGUGCAAAAUAUUUUCUGCGCUCGAAUAUAUUCUCGUUUUGAAGUAUUAUAUCUCGAGCUCGAUGGAUUUGUUGUGGUUGCUGUGUGUAACGGUGAGCGUCAGCGCCUGGCACGCGUCUGGGGAGCGACACAGUGUAUACUGGAACAGUUCAAACCCACAUUUUCUGUGGAACGAUUACACCGUGGAGGUCCGCAUCAAUGACUACUUAGACAUCGUGUGCCCACACUACACUCGUGGCAAGAUCCCAUCCCAGGAGGCCGAGCGCUACGUGCUGUACAUGGUGGAGCUGGAGGACUACGAGGCCUGCAAGCCCCAGUCCUUCGACCAGCUGCGUUGGGAGUGCUCCAGACCCUUCGCUGCCCACGCUCCUGAGAAGUUCUCGGAGAAGUUCCAGCGCUACACUCCCUUCACCCUGGGCAAGGAGUUUCGCCAGGGAGAAAGUUACUACUAUAUUUCCAAGCCUCUUCACCAUCAUGGACAAGAGUGUUUGAGACUAAAGGUGGAUGUGGUUGGAGCUCAUGGUUCCAACAACAAGAAAAUUACAGUGAAAAAGGAAGAAGAAAUAAGGAUGGCUGUAGGAGGCGUUCACAACCCAUCUAACAGGCUUCCAGCAGAUGACCCCAUCGCAAUGAUCCCAGUUGUGGAGAGGAGUGUGGGCGAUUCUGGUGUCCGCACUGCUUCCGUCUCAAUUUUGGUCACGUUGGCCUCUUUGUUGCUCAUUGUGCUUCUACACUGAGCCUUAUAAGAACUUUUUGUCCAUUGGGACACAACAGACUUAAUGCCGGUGCUGGUCACUGGCUCUACAAAAAUUUUAUACCAAGAAUUUUUUUAUACGAAGUAAAUAGACUGAAGUUUUGGUGCUGGUGUGAAAGUAUUGUGUGUGUUGCGUGAUGUGUUUGUGAGAGUGACAUUGUGACCAGAGAAUGGUGUUUUUGAAAAACCUAUUUGUUUUUACCAUUCUGAAAUUAUUUCCCUCUUUACCUCCUUCCACACUUGUUUUGUAGACUGUAUAGGGGAAGUUUCCCAGGCAGGGUUUAGUUUAAGUCAGGACUAGGCCUUAAGUUAUAUUAUUUAAGUAAUUUUUACAAUUCAUAAAUGUAAGUAGUUGAGAUUUUUUAAGAUAUGUGAGUGAAAACUGUUUUCAGUUAGGGCAUCUCAAACUUUUUAGUCUAGGACUAGACUUAAGCCCAGUCUGGGAAACCACCACUGUGUGUUUAUUCUACCUGAACAUCAUCACAAAUAUACUUACCAAUGUUAAAAACAAACCUUAAAGUCUGGAGAUCUUGUUGUUUACCAAAUAAUGAAUUCAAGAAUGGCUAUAUAUUGUGUUUGAUAGACAUAAUCUCUUUAAUGUACCAAGCUUAAAACCUUUGAGCCAAAGAUCACGGGUAUCACUUUAACCUUACCCUGACUUUGCACCUUAUAAAGAAUUGAUGUUCGUGCAUAUAACAGUGUUUGUAAAUCUAAAACAGUUGUGAAGCAUUGAUGUUUUCCUGUUUCAAUCUGUUGUUGCUGUUGUUUUAGUUGGUUUCUGUGAUGUAAUGUGAACACACCCUACAAAAUAUACUGCCACUAAUUCAGAAAGCCACUAAUCAUACUGCAAAGAUAUAGAUAAUAUCAGAUUUGUUUUCUUUCAUAACAACAUUUGGUCAGCUAUGUUAAGUUGUGCAUUGUGUGUGUGAGAGUGUGUAUGUGCGUGAGAGAGGCUGGUCUUCUCUGAUUCUGACAGAGAGCAAAACUGUACUUGCACACAGAAACUAUUCAAUUGAUUUAACAAAUGCUCUAAGUUAAAUGGAAAUUUGCUUUUGUAAAAAGUUUGUGUUUUGAACUAUUUGUUUGUACACUUGUAAAUAGUUCUGUAAAAAUGUACAUAUUGAGAGUUAUAUAAAAUAAAAACCUUUGUUAAUUAUGAAAA